UUUUGCGACAGUGUCGUAUUGAAAAAGGAUUGCAGUAUUUGUGUUUGGUUGGAAAUUUGACCGGGCGUCCUCUAUCUCAUCGCCCUUCAACUCGCAGUUCACCAUCUCUCGGUCAUCAUAGAUCGUAAGCAAGCGUUACAAUCAUGGCUGGAACGAUUGCACGCAAAGCGAUAGACCACGUGAAGAGCAAAGAUUUUAGAGACUACUUGAUGAGGUAUGUAAUUAAAACUGCUAUGCUAAUGUAGCCGACUAGCUAUUUAUGUGUAUGUCGCUCACAAGUGACAGCCAGCCAGCGAUGUUUGCUGAGCAUUAGUAGUUUUUAUUUCACUAUACUUCUAUUUAUUUCUUGCUACGCAGGGUUGCUUGUUAAAAUUGCAGAAGAGAACAAUCCGUAACAGCUACACUUGUAUCUUAAAGGGCCAAACUCAGAUUUUAACGACAUAUUUCAGGAAUGUUUAUGUCCCAACGGUGGUUGUAGGGAACAUGAAAGAAAAAAGGAAAUUGCAAGCAAGUACAUGGAAAAACUACACUUUGUAUUUGCUCACACACGUCAACACUUGGCACAUAGUUUAUGGAACCUCAUUUAAUUGACUCAUUUGUUUUGUCUUCCAUGUGCAAAUUGAAAAACAAUCACCAGCACACAUUUCUGGGGUCCAAUAGCAAACUGGGGUCUCCCUAUAGCUGCCUUCAGUGACAUGAAAAAGAGCCCCGAGAUCAUCAGUGGCAGGAUGACCUUUGCUCUGUGUUGUUACUCGCUGCUCUUCAUGCGUUUUGCAUACAAGGUGCAACCACGUAACUGGCUGCUCUUUGCCUGCCAUAUGACCAACGAGUCUGCACAGCUAGUGCAGGGUGCUCGCCUCAUCAAGUACAACAUGGAGAAGAAGACAUCUUAGUGAUGAAACAAAGCGUUCCCUAUUCACCACACUGACGAAAAAAGCUACACGAACGUGUGCAUUUGUCUAAUCACUGAAGCAGUGGCUGUGAUUUCUGACCCUCUUAACAAUGAUUGAUCACCCAUAUGAAAUAAUUUGCCACAUUUUACAAAACGAGAGAGUAUUUUAUUCUUUAAUUUAUAUUUGCAUUAGUCACUGUGGGUGAAUGCACUUAGCACUCUCGAUCAGAUGGUUACAGUGUGACAUCAUUUUAAUUUGUAUUUUUUUUUUUUUUCAACAUCUUGUUGAAAAUGUUUUCCUGCAAACUUUGCAGUUUGAAAUUGGGCGAUUUUAGGGUUACAUUUGACAGGAGGAAGACAGAGCAAUAGAGACUGUUACGCUUGAAAGGAAAUGAAAAUAUAUGGUCGAAUGUGGCAAAAUGGUGACACUGACUGGAUGUGAUUAUUUGGCUAGCAAAUAUGCAAACCAACUGUAUACUGUGUGUUAUAUUGUGUGUCUUUCCAAAUCAAAAUGUCCCUUGUUAAUUAUGUAAAAAUAAACUGGCUAAAGCCAACUCAACCUUA